UCGGCUCCAUAGAGCCACAAACUUGUUCUUGCCUCAUCCAAGUGGCUCAGAGUGUCCACUGGGGGGAAAGAGGCAAAGCUGGGAAAGGAGAGCAGCAGAGAAACAGGGCAGCAUCAGUCACUUUGGAGCCGUUCAGACUGGGAGGUGGGAGAUGAGCUGCUGCUGAACUCUCACAGGGCUGACUGACUGGACACCACUAACUGAUUGGUUUCAUUCCCACGAUUCUCCAGCAACAUGAGCUCCUCAUCCUCCAACCUGCACAAAAAACGCCUGCCAUCGGAGACCGAGAGAGGCCACAGGGUCCCUGAUGUGGACGCGGCUCAGCAGCUCAAGCUGAAAGAGAGGCAGCGUUUCUUUGAGGAGGUCUUUCAGCAUGAUGUGGACGUCUACCUGUCCUCGGCACACCUGUGCAUCAGAGACUACAAGAGACCUCCCAUAGGCAGCGUCUCGUCUAUGGAGGUGAAUGUGGACAUGCUGGACCAGAUGGAGCUGACUGACAACUCUGACCAGGAGGCUUUGGAUGUCUUCUUCAGCUCAGGAGGAGAAGACGAAGGCCUGAUGUCUCCACUGCCAGUCCAACGAAACAACAACAACAAUGAGGAAGUCAACAGUAAUGGACUCUUUCGACACGUCCUUGAGGGCCUUGACGCCAAGUCCCGAAUGUCCUCCACAUCUUCAAACUCCUCCACCGAAAGCCAGACCACCAAUGCCAACGGUGCGAAUACCCCUGUGGUCGGGUCCGAAGAUGAAGAAAUACACACCCGCACAGUGAGAAGGAGGUUCCCACCUCCAGAGAAAGAAAGGAUGUAAAGUUAGACUCCGUCAUCGUCUUCCUACGCACCCAGCUCUACGGCAACGGAUCUCCUCCUGCAGGAUGGCAGCUGUCACCUCAGGUCGGGGUAAAGAGACUGUGGUGCAAGACAUUCAGAGAAGCCUAUUAGUUAUGACUGUCUUCCACAAACUGUCGAUUAUCUCUGCUCACAACCUUUCUUUGACUGAUGAGUUGUUGGUUGGAUGGUGUGUGGGAUUUUGAGGUGGAGACCAUGACCUGUAAAUAUGGAGAUUUCCUAUUAUUCUGAUCGGUUUCUAUUUCUGUAAUGGCAUGUUGGAAGGACAAGACCUGCUCCUCUGUCACUUACCUCACAGGAUUUGAAUUUUGUACAGACUUAACACAGAAUAAUAUUAUUAUCAAUGGAUGAAAAAUGUGGUGGAAAAAAGUGCUUUAACAUUGUAGCAGUUUUUCGGUUUUCUAGCUGUCGUUUAAAAAAAAAUCUUUAACAUGGUUUCUCUGUUUUAACAAUAAAGGAAUCUUACUCUCACGUGUUCCCACAAACUGACUAAACUGUUCCAGGUAAUUUCAGGCUGCAGUUAAAUUG